UUAUUAUUAUUAUUAUUAUUAUUAUAGAAAACAUUUACUGUCAUGUUUAUGUAUUGACUUAUUUGUAUUGACUAAAAACAUGUUGAAUCCCCUUUGUUGCUCUUGUUCACACAGAAAACGGAUCAGUCUGUUAAUGACAAUGUAUUCAAUGUUAUUUUUCAUGUAUUUUCCUCGAACCUUAACUACAACAUCAGUGUAUGAUAACAGAACAUCAUACAAUUUAAUGCUCACUCUGUCUGGAAUGAAGAACUUAGAACCAAAAUCUGUUUUUAUUAUACUGUCUUUGUCUGUUUACCUUUUUAUCAUUUUGUUAAAUACCGUGCUAAUUGUGACCAUUAUACUGAACAAGCCACUCCAUGAACCGAUGUAUCUGUUCAUCUGUAACUUGUGCUUUAAAGAGCUGUAUAGAGCAACAGGAUUUUAUCCCAGCUUUUUGUACCUCCUGUUUUCAUCAUCUCAUGUAAUUUCAUAUAUUGGAUGUAUGACACAGUCAUUUAUCAUAUACACGUCUUAUAUGUGUGAGUACACAACGUUAGUUAUAAUGGCUUAUGACAGAUAUGUGGCGAUAUGUAGGCCAUUAGAAUAUCACAGAACUAUAAGCACCCACACAGUGGCUAAAGCUCUGCUCUACUCGUGGGCAUUUCCUUUUAUUAUGGGGUUUCCAAAUGUUAUUAUUACCUCUCUACUGCCAUUAUGUGGAUCAGAAAUAGACAGACUUUACUGUGACAACUGGUCUAUUGUCAAACUAUCCUGCUUACCAGGUACAGCCAGCAAUAUAUAUGGUUUUAUUGUGAUUGGUGUGUUUUUAGCACAUGGAGUGAUUGUUCUGCUGUCGUAUCAACGAUUAAUUGUUGCAUGCAGGAAUUCUGCAGACAACAAAAAAAAAUUUAUGCAGACGUGUGGACCACACUUGCUGUCCCUGCUGAACUUUACAGUCGCAGUGCUCUUUGACUUAAUGUUCAGUCGCUAUGGAUCAAAGGAGUUUCCAGAGCAUCUUCGUAAUUUCUUCCAAAUUGAGAUUCUAGUCAUCCCUCCUAUUUUGAACCCACUCAUGUACGGCCUUAAGCUGACGGAGGUGCGUAAGAGACUUUUUCAAAAGUGUAAAAAAUAUUAGAUUAGCCCAUUGGCAAAAUGUAAUUAUGUAAAUAUGUACAUAUUAAUGAUUUGAAAGAAUUUGUAUGCCCCAACUAAGAAAAGAAAUGUCCCACUAAAAAAAGUGCUAUAUUUUCACAAAAAAAAAAAAAAACAAUCAAGGUUACAAUCAGGGGGUCCUUUGCAAACAUGUAAGAUACAUUUAUAGGUUUGUUUUUAUUAUAUUAUAUUUUUUAUAUUAUUUUUAUUCAUUUAAUGAUUAUAUGCUGGCCUGUUGCCUGCAAAAUCAGUUGUCAUCGGAUAGGAGAUAAUCCUUUAAACAUUUAAAUAUGUCUUAAAAAAGCCCAGACAGUGAGUUUUUAACUAUAUUAGAAACAGAAAUAGAAUUACUUAUCACAAAAAAUACCAAUAAGACCCGUAAAGUUUCAUUAACCUCUUUUAUAUGUUUAUUCAUGUGAUUCACACUGUAUUUCUUCCAUAUCAUUCAACCCUGAUGAAAUGUGCUGUUUCUUCCUCUCAAUUCACUAUCAUGCCAUUUUUGUAGUAGGUGCACUACAUCAUUUAGGAUAUACAUAAGUGCACCUACCUACAUAGCACAUAGUAUACAAUAGCUUAUGCAUCUCCAGUGACUAAAGCCAAAUGAAAAUGGUAUGACAUUCAUUGUAAUUCCUCACAGUUUUAUAGGCAUCACACUAAAGAAUAUAAUGCUGAGAAAGAGUUGUUGAUUAUUACUUUAUUUUUUACUAUAAUGAUUUGAUAUUUGAUGAUAUGGGAACGGGGUACUUUUAAAAAUUAUAUUGCUUAAUUGUACCUGAUAUUUCUUGAUUUUUUUUAUCACAGUGCUCAGGAUUAUUAAUUUUUAAUAAAAUUGUUUAAAACAUUGUUAAGCAAGAAGCCAUUGACCGGAGUGGUAUGAAUUUUGGAAUCGUAUGUUGUAAUGAGGCAAUUGUCACCACAGUGUGAUCUAAAGUAACCACUGUUAGAGGGAGUUUUAUUUGUUUUAAAUAAAUGUGCAUACAGUAUGUUUCUUCAGUGCUAUUGAGUUAAUAAAGUAAUAGUCUGUUUUAAUAAAUUUUACUCUAUCUAUUUAGGCUUAAAGUAAACAUUGUGUGAUAUUAUCUUUAAAAUAUAGAGUACACGUCAAACAGUAUAAAAAUGAACAAAAGUGAAUAUACAACAUUUAACAGCAUAUAUGUUUACUAAUAAUACAUACUAGACCCAAUGAAUUUACUUUUAAUUGUGUCUGAUGGUGUUGACAAAAAUAAGUAAAGAAAUAAAUACUGGAAAUACACCUACAUGUAUUUUAUGAAAAAAAAAAAAAA